GAUAGAGCUCGACUGUCUGAUCGCAACGGUGCAAACGGAUUUCAAUUUGGAGAAAGUUGGACCAAAAAGUGUACCCCGACUGGAACCAAAAUAGAAUAGUACUCAGUUAUUGAAUUAUGUAGCUAAAAAUCUUAUUGAAAUGUGCUUGAAAAUUAUGCAGUAAAAAAGCCAUCAUGGAAAUCCCUGUACUACGUGAAGAACGAAGUGUUUUUACUAAAGUAAAUCUGAGGAAAAGGAAAGGGACUGAGAAGGAACCAAUGUUUGGGAGAAAAAAGCAACUGAGAAAGAGAAAGAAAGGGAUACCGGAAGAAAAUGCUGAGCAGGAAAAGAAUCAAGCUCAAGAAGAUCCAAUUUCACAAGAAGAUGAAAUGCCGAGCAUUGAAAAGAUUGAUCAAUUAAACGGUUACUGGCUGGUGGAAAAUUUUGAUACCAGAAGUGUUUUGCUGAAGUUGCCAAGUAAAAAAGAGAUUCACAUUGAUGAGACUUCCAUUCAUAGCACCAUCGGAUUUCCAAUGGGAGGAGAAAGUGUGAUGAAAAAGAAUGGAGAGAAAUCGGAAGAAGCAAGAGAAGUGAUGAGAGCUUGGAAGUUACAAUUUCCAGUUCAGAAAGGGACAGUUAGAAUAGCAGAUGAUGUUAUAAAAGCAUUUGCUUCAGCCACAAAGAAUUUGGCAGAAGCAAUAUCUACAUUUGAUGAAAAGCUUCGAGCAGCUGUUCAAGUGUUGCCAGAUGAUGAAGCAAUGAAAAUGCUGGUAGAGAGGGUUUAUAGUCUGCUGGAUGGUUAUUCAAAAGAGAAUGUGCAAGAAGAAGAGAAAGAAAGCACAAGAGAAGGAGAAAAGGAAUGGACUUUUAGUCAAGAUGAUGAAUAUUGGAAAAGUGAAGAAGUGAUGAAGGCUAUUGAUGCUAUAGAAAAAGCACAAAAAAGGCGACAAGAGAGAGAGCACACUGAUGAUGUGGGAGGUGUGACAGAACAUGCAGAAAAAGAGAGGGAUUGGGUGGAAGCAGAUGUGGGAGGUGUGAUAGAAGAAAAUGUGGGAGAUGGGGGACAAGUGACAGAAGCUAUAGAAGUUGUGGGAGAUGUAGAACAUGUAACAGAACCUACACACACAGAGAAUGGAGAGUUGCAGGCAGAUGUCAGAGGUGGGGGAGAUGUGGCAGAUGUGGCCAAUGUAAAAAAAGUUCCAAGUGAAGACCGGAUUCUUGACAUGGUAGUGGAGAAAAACAAUAGAGAAGUUGAGCAGAAUAAAAAAGGCAAUCAAGACAAAUGUCCAGAAAGAAUUGCAAAACGACAAAAGGGUAAAAAGAGAGAUGUUGCACUUUCAGCUGCACUAAGGUCGCCAUUCAUGAAUAGAAUUGUAGACAUAAGGUCUACCUUGACAAUUGAAGAGAGAAUGGUGGAAGCGUUCACAUUUUCAGCAGACAGUGAUGAUAAUGUGCUAUACAAGGAAGGUGACAGAGCAAUCAAGAAAGGGCACUUCCAAAGCUUGAAACUGAACUCAGCAGUUUCUUUUGAAAUCAUAGAUUUGUGGACUGAUAUUCUUAACCACAAAGAGAAGUUCAAAAGCAAUGACUCAUCAGCCAAAGUGUUCUUCCCAACGAAAAUUUGUGAAAAGCUGAUGCAAAAGUUGAGGACAAGAUACUUGAAUGAGAUGCUGACAUUUGAAAAGAAUGAGAUGAAGGAGGAAGUGGUGAAGAAAAUCAAAUCUGGACUAAUUGCUCAAAGGGAAAUCAAGAAAGCAGCUAAGGGGAAAUAGGAGGAAAAAGACUAAUGCUGAAACUUGAUGCUGAAGCAUAUGAUGAUGACAACUUUUUUGUGUGUGGUUAUAUUAGUACUAUGGAUAACUGAAUUUUAAUGUUGAUGAAAACUUAUGUGGUUAUAUUAGUGUAAUGGUAAUAUUGCUGUUAU